AUGCCCCCAAAGGCUUCUCGACCCCCUCAUCCCUGGCCGCUUCUCCCCGGUGGUAUUACCAUCGUCGGCGCGACUUGGGACCCCACUCCAAUGGGGUCCAUCCAGCAGUUCAUGCCCAAAACACGCCGUUUAAGCAACUUGGAGUCGUUUCGCGCCCAGAUGGGAGCCCGGGCCAAGGACUAUGACAAGUGGCAUGGUAGCACCGAGACUCUCAAGAGCAGCAAUACCAAAAGCAAGCAAGCUAGCGCGAGAAGGAACCAGAGCCCGGGGCUGAGCCCGAGCAACCCCUCGGACGAGAUUCGCGUCACGGACGAGGUCAUGGCCGCCAUGGUGGAAGAGCAGGCGCACAUUCAGGAAAUGCAGGCCACCGAGGCCACGGCCAGUCCAACCACCAACGACCCUGCUCCGGAACACGACACAGCUAAUCUCCUCUCGGCCUUCAUCCCCAGCUUUCACACUCUGGACGCUGGCGACAAGAUGAAACUUCGCCGAGCAUACCAACGCGGCCUCCACUUUGCGCAACGCUUCCCCCACGACUUUAAGAACUUUGUCGACAAGUACCGCGAUUCUGUUCUGUCCCCGUUGGACGAUGCUCGCUUCCACGGCGGUAAGAUCUAUAGGCGUACCGAGGAGGGCAUGCUGGCCGCCAAUGGAAGCUGGCUUGGCAAUUUCCACCAUCUCGUCCAACUCCGUGUCCCUUGUGGUGACGAACUUGUCGAGCUCGUCCUCGCUCUGGUAUUUGAGGCGACGCGUCUCAACCCAGAGAAGAAGAAAAUCCCCCAAGGCCUUGCCGACGGCGAGGACAUGUCCUACCUCCGCCCGCUCCUGUGGGAUGGUCCGGAGCACUCUGCCGAGGACUCUGAGGUUAUUUACUUCUUCUCGCCGCACACACCUCCGGACGACCUCCAGGAGAAGAUCAAGGUCAAGGGAUACAGAUGCGUCUUGACGGACCCGCGCGAGCUUGAAGGAUACGGUGGCAUGACGGAGAACUCGCCUUUCCGCGAGGGCUCCCACCGCAAUCAGAUUGGUGUCAACGCUCGAGUCCGAGCUGCCCGCGAGGUGGUCCCCGUCGAGGCGUGGUACUACCACCCUGUCUACCGCCUUGCUGACCCAUCCUCCCCCAUGAAAGGUCCUUGGCCGGUACUUCUCCGCCACUGGCUGGAGCACUGGAUGCUUGUCAUCUUCAAGCUUACUGAGGAGGCUCUGGGCGGCCUCAAUGUCAACCUUGUUGACGAUUGGAGCGCCGAGUGCCUCCUCUCGUCAAAGGAUGCCAAGCUCACUCUGCGCUUCAUAGAUACACUGCUCGGCCUCAUGGCCGACGACCCCGAGAAGUCUACUCGCUUGCGGUUUCUCGGACCAGGUGUGCCAGACGUCACCUUCGACAUUGCCCUUCCCCCCACCUCAGACCAGUCGGCGUGGAACACCCUGCUGGCCCCGAAAUUCCCCAGUGGCUUCCCUGUGACCAUGCGGUUUUUCAGGACUGUCAUGAACGGCUCUUCCAGGGUGCACCUCCUCAAGGGCCUCAACCUCGAGAACAUCAAGAGGUGCUUUUCGAAGACCCGUCACCACUCUUUCGGUCAAGCUGCCUCCACCGAGCUGCUCGAGCUGCACUACCGUUCGGCAUUUGCCAGAUCCCCCUACCAUCCGUCGAAUGCGCUCAACACUGUCCUCCAACACGCCGAGGACGCUUGGGCGUCGCUGGGUGUCACCUCGACCCCAUCAUGA